CUUUAGUUUGUAUUGGUUACUCAUGAAGGCAGCUGCUUCAUCACCACUCAAGGCCGCGCGCGCAAACAUCACUACACAGCACACCCGUCCAAGAACAAGACACUCGUCAACAAGAACAACACACACGUCAACAAGAACAUCACACUUAUCAGCAAGAACAAGACACUCGUCAUCAACAACAGCACGCACGUCAACAAGAACAACAUACUCGCCAACAAGAACAACACCCUCAUCAACAAGAACAACACAAUAGUCAUUAGGACAACACACCACUUCAAUAUGGAACUAUCUUGUGUGAAACUGAAGAACAAGUCAAGUGACUGUUGUAUGAUGAUGUUGUUAGCCUUGACGGCGUCCAAUCUGGCUGGUGGUAUAGUUAUGUGCGUGACACAAGGCUACUCUGACCUGUCAAUAGGCAUCAUGUCUUGUGGUGGCGUCGCUUUCUUCGUCGUACUCGUGAUAACUUUCACCAAAAAACCCACGAGCGUCCCUUCACCUGGAGAACAAGACCUUUCUCAUGACCUUCCUCCCUCCUACCGCAAUAGCUGGAGGUUCUCAUACCUGAAGAACUGUCCCGCUCACUUGAAGGAGGAACUAGAGGACUUGGAAGAACCAGGAGAACACAAACCACGCCCCUGGACUUGUGUGACAAAAGAUGCUAACAACCAGACGACAGACUGUGUGUACGUCGACAGUGAGUUACUCGAUGACAGAAGGUGUCCACAAGGCAGUCUCUCAUCCUUAUCUGCAGUGACUGGAGAUGUGAGAGCUGGAGAAGAAGAGGCAGUACAUUACGACACCCAACCUGACUGUGUUCCUAUUAAAUGUAAAGGAGGACUGCCUGUAAUCCCCGGUAGGGCGAUGCAGGAUGUUAUUUUACAGGUUGACGAUGAUCUACCUACCUAUGAUGAAGCUGCCAUGUCCGCCCACCUUCCUCUUCCUUCACACAACACCCAAUAACAAGAAACCCAUAUCCAUUAUCCAGCACCACGAUUAUACAGACACCAAUAAGUAUUAUGGUACGUGACUUAUCACUCAGUAUUAUGGUACACAACUUGUCAUUUAGUAUUAAGGUGCACGACUUAACAUCCAACACUAAUCAACAUUCAUCAUCCAACACUGAUUAAUGUUCAUAUCAUCCGAGGCUAUGAUGAACACUAACACUUCCUACAUGUAACACACGUACUCGUAAUGGUGUG